GGGCGGGGCUCGGCGGCCCUAGGGGCUGCGCUGUCUCCGCGCCACCCAGCGCGGCUGCGGGACCGAGGACAGGGGACGCGGCCGCACCGACGUCAGCGGCGCAGCCGGCGGGAGCCCAGGCUCGGAGCCGAGCCCGCGGCGGCGCGGACCGACGGACGGACAGACGCGCGGACAGCUGCGCUUGCAACCUGCGGCCUCCGCGGACGGCGCCAUGGACGGCCCGGACAACGCCACCCUGCUGCUGCUCCACGCUCUCCUGCCCGAUAACUCCACGCAGUCGCCCGGCGCCAGCAGCCCGAGCGCCGGCGCGCACCUCCCGCCGGCCGCCGCCUCCAGCGCGGGUCCCAGCGCCGCGCUCGGCCUGGCGCCCCCGACCCCCGGCGGCUUCGCGGGGAGCCGGGGCGCGUCGCCCUUCUCCCGGGCCUGGGCGCCCCACGAGCCCCCGUUCUGGGACUCGCCGCUGAACCACGGGCUGAACGUGUUCGUGGGCGCUGCCCUGUGUAUCACCAUGCUCGGCCUGGGCUGCACGGUGGACGUGAACCACUUCGGGGCGCACGUCCGCCGCCCGGUGGGCGCGCUGCUCGCCGCGCUCUGCCAGUUCGGCCUCCUGCCGCUGCUGGCCUUCCUGCUGGCCCUCGCCUUCAAGCUGGACGAGGUGGCCUCGGUGGCCGUGCUCCUGUGCGGGUGCUGUCCCGGCGGAAACCUCUCCAACCUCAUGUCCCUGCUGGUGGACGGCGACAUGAACCUCAGCAUCAUCAUGACCAUCUCCUCCACACUUCUGGCCCUGGUCUUGAUGCCCCUGUGCCUGUGGAUCUACAGCCGGGCCUGGAUCGACACCCCUCUGGUGCAGUUACUUCCUCUGGGGGCAGUGACCCUGACCCUCUGCAGCACUCUCAUCCCCAUCGGGCUGGGCGUCUUCAUCCGCUACAAAUACAAUCGUGUGGCCGACUACAUCGUGAAGGUUUCCCUGUGGUCUCUGCUAGUGACUCUGGUGGUCCUUUUCAUACUGACUGGCACCAUGUUAGGACCUGAACUGCUGGCAAGUAUCCCCGCCGCUGUUUAUGUGGUUGCCAUUUUUAUGCCUUUGGCAGGCUAUGCCUCAGGCUAUGGUUUAGCUACUCUCUUCCACCUCCCACCCAACUGCAAGAGGACUGUGUGCCUGGAAACGGGCAGUCAGAACGUGCAGCUCUGCACCGCCAUCCUAAAACUGGCCUUCCCGCCUCGCUUCAUAGGAAGCAUGUACAUGUUUCCCUUGCUUUAUGCUCUUUUCCAGUCUGCGGAAGCAGGUAUUUUUGUUUUAAUAUAUAAAAUGUAUGGAAGUGAAACAUUGCACAAGCGAGAUCCUCUAGAUGAAGAUGAAGAUACAGAUAUUUCUUAUAAGAAGCUAAAAGAAGAGGAAAUGGCAGACACCUCCUAUGGCACAGUGAAAACUGAUAAUUUAAUAAUGAUGGAAACCACCCAGACUUCUCUGUAAACGUGGAGAUACACAGGAGCUUCUAUCUUGCUGAAAUAUUAAUUCAUACUUAUGGCCUGUGGUGGUGUAUAUGGUUUACAUAACGGAUAACAGUUGGUUUGCUUCACAUGUAACACUUUUGAUCUUUCCAUUGUAAAGUUGCACUGGUGUAGUAACCAAGUGUUUUCAUAGAUUACAAAUCAAUGUCUUAGUAUAACUUGCACCUGCAUCUGCUAAAGUGAAGCUCCCUCUGGUUCAGUAUGCUUUUUGGGUUUUGCCAUUACCAAUUUCUACGACUGCUUCACAAAUAGAAACUACUGUAUUAGAAAACAGGGUCUGGAAAUGUAGUUUCAGUGCACUGUCUUAUUUGAGUAAAGACAAGCUAUCUGUAAAACAUAAUUGAGUUUACUGUAAAACAGAAGUGUGCUCUCUCAACAUGUAAACACUUGAUAACGUUGAAUUUUGACCUGUACUCAGAAAAAUCCCAAACAGGUCAACGACACAGUGAAAUAUAGUAUUUGUCAACCCAGUAACAAAUUACAUAAAAAAAAUUAAUGUAUUUGAUUACUUGA